UUCAUAAAAAGUCCAGAAAUCUCCCAAACCCUCGUCAUCGUCUCUCUCGAUCACUCUCGAUAGCGAAGAGACGAAGAGGGCGAGCACAAGGCCAUGGCGGCGGAGGAGGAGGGUUCAAUUGGGCAAGCUAGCAAUUCACGGCGGGAGCGGUUGAAAGCUCUUCGAGCUGCCCAGGAUCUCCUCAACACUCCCGACGAAGACGGCACCAAGCCACAAGACCCUUCCGAAGAUCAACAACAAGAGGAUGAAGCCGCUGGUGGAGAGGACGAGGUGGGCCAAGCUGCAGCUGCGCGUCGGUUGAGGCUGCAGGCUCUUAAAGAAGCAAAUGAGCUUCUAAGCACUCCCGAUGAGGGUUCUAGACAGGAUGAAACUGAAGAGACUGAGGACGCUGAAGAGGAGAUGAAAUUCAACUUGAAGUUCAGAAAUUACCUUCCGCAUGAUGAGCAACUUCAGAGAGGUAAGUUGCCACCAGCUGUCUUACCAAAGUUUGAAGAUCCUGUUGCCCCUGUAGCACCACCGCCUGAGAAGAUAGAGAUCCCCUUUGUGAAUAUUGCACCGAAGAAGCCAAAUUGGGACCUGCGUAGGGAUGUGCAAAAGAGGCUCGAGAAGCUUGAAAAGCGCACGCAGAUAGCACUACGGCAGCUCAUGCUAGAACAAGAGAAGGAGAGGGAGGCCUCGGAGGCAGGCUCAGGUGUGACCGAAGACUGAUCCACCGAACUUUUGUAGCGCACUAGUAUCUCAAGCAAUUUCAUAUGCUUUAAAAAUGAGAAAUCUUGACUUGACGAUGUACUGAAAUUUAUUUUGUAAGAUAUAUUAUUAGAUUGUUGCAUGCAAGCAGGGCUUGUGCCAGAAUGCCUUAACAAUUUUACUUUGAGUUUGCAAAUGCAUUUAUAAGAGCAGUUUGAAUGCA